UUUAUAUAGAGUAGUAUCUGCAAAUCCUGAACUCAUAUAAGUCUUAAUAUUACCUUUAUGUGUUAUUGCUGUAAGCAGUAAUGCUACAAAUGUCUUGAAAGUAUAUCUGCGUCACCUGCAGGGCCAAAAUGAAGAGGGGAUCCCACGAUUGCCAGUCCAGAUUGCCAGACAAUACUGCUUUGAAGCAGCAGCAAUUGCCUGCCUACCGGCUACAGCUCACAGCCACCAUAAUCCUCUCUGGAUUUUUUAUCACAGGAGUGUUCUGCCUUGGUGUGGGUGUCAUCCUUCUCUUGUCUGCAAAGAACAUCAAGGAAGUAGAGAUUAAUUACACAGAAAAAUGUUCAGAUUGUGCAAAACUGCGGGAAAACACUGCUAAUUUUGACAAAGAAUGCACUUGCUCUAUUCCCUUCUACCUCCCAGAGGCAAUGAAGGGUGACGUUUAUAUGUUCUACAAACUGUACGGCUUCUAUCAGAACCUCUAUCAAUAUGUUCUAUCCAGGAGUAAUAGCCAACUGAUGGGUAUAGAUAUAAAGGAUGUUAGUAACUGUGCUCCUUUCAAAAACUCCCACAACGGGAUCCCCAUCGCUCCUUGUGGUGCUAUUGCCAACAGCAUAUUCAAUGACACCAUUGUUCUUUCAUACAACCUUAAUUCAUCUAUGAGUAUCAAGGUCCCAAUGCUAAGGAGUGGAAUUUCAUGGUGGACAGACAAAUAUGUCAAGUUUUGGAAUCCAAGUUCCCAAAAUCUUUCUAGUGCGUUUGCAGGAACUGCAAAGCCCCCAUCCUGGCCCAAGCCCGUCUAUGAACUGGAUGAAGAGGAUCCAGAAAACAACGGCUUCAUCAAUGAGGACUUCAUCGUGUGGAUGCGGACGGCCGCCUUUCCCACUUUCAAAAAGCUUUACCGCCGACUCAGUCGAAUACAACAUUUUACUGAAGGCUUGCCGGCUGGUAGCUAUAGUUUCGGCAUCACCUACAAUUUUCCAGUAACCAAGUUUCAAGGAGAAAAAUCAGUUGUUCUUUCCACCCUGACCUGGAGUGGAGGCAGUAGCCUCUUCUUAGGUCUCGCAUACACAGUGACAGGAGCCCUGACAUGGCUGGCCUUCUUUGCCAUGGUGGCAAUUCACUUGAGGCUGAAAGGAAGGAAAACGUUAUUUCACCAGGAGUAAAGUCAAGCUUUAAAAAGAAAAGCAGGAAACACAGAAGUGGACGGUGAAGUAAUGCAGCCAAAGAUCCUUGACAAGCUUCAACGUGACUGGGAUAUUUCAUCAAGGGAACUGAAUUAACUGAUCAAGUACAUUCCCAGAUGAAUAAAUAAUGAGAGUUUCAGAGUGAAGAAGAAGAAAAGAAGAUGAGGAGGAGGCCUAAUUAGGUAUAGUAAAAUGUCCUGAGAAUGGGGAAGAUAAAUCAUCCUUGAGCUCUACACCAAGUCUUGGGUAUUUAUUUGAAGCCCUUGUGCCUGAAGGUAGGUGAAUACCUAAAAGAGUGGCAUCGCCAGACAAGAGUAUGUAAGCCUGGGGUCCCCAAGAUUGACCAUCAGUCAGGCUCAGACAAUGAGUCUUCGCAGGCUGGUUGAAAUGAUAGACUCCCCAACAGCAAUUGUUAACGUUGAAUUGAGCGAUAAGGGUGGUUUUUGAAAACAGAUUUAUUAAAUGUUUUCUCCUUUCUGUUGAGUCAAAAUAAAGUCUUUUCUGCAAAGAGUAAACCAAAGUUAUAGCAGUGCCUCAGCAUCCAAAAUACAUAAGUACGCCAAAAGGAAGUGUAGGGAUUUCCCUAAAAUUUCCAUGUAGCCAAGAGGGAAGCAUGGAAAGUGACUGAAUCUCUCAAAAACCACUCAACGUUUGA